AUGGCGGAGCUCGAGACAGUGCAGCCUGAACUGGAGGCGCCCGAAGUUCUCAAUGGGGACGCCGGCGAGAACGAAGAGAAAGAGGACGAGGAGCCCUCGGAAUCAGGGAAGAAAAAGAGAAGAAAAAAGAAAAAUAAUAAGACUGCUGCCGCAGGUAAGACGCAUAACAUUGUGGAUAAAUGCCGUUUUGGAAAUAGCCAAUUAUUGAGGGCUCCCAUUUGUGCCAUAGCGUAAAAAAGCAGGAAAGUCACAGCUGUCCCAUACCUGUAAGUGAACACAGGGUCCCGGUCCCGGUCCCGGUCCCGUUAUGAGGGCUGACUGGCAGAUGCACAUCUGGAAACGGGACAAUGCCCCUCUCGAGGCUUGAAAUGUCUCUUCUUCUAUUGGUUUGAUGGAAUGUUGUCAAAUUCGAAUAUUGAAGGAUGUUGCUUUAAACAGGAAUAGGCAGAUAACAUAUAAAUUGUCUGUACAUGACAGUGAUAUUCCAGUACUUUUCAGCACUUGCCUUGCCUUAUAAAAGAGCCCACUAGGGAUAAAAAGAAAGCAUGCUCUAGCAUUAAAAUAAUUGCUGACAAAACUAUGUGACAAGCAUAGGCUAUCUUAUCUUGUAAAAACACAUGUGGACUUGAUCUUAUUUUCUGGAGCAUGUUUAACUAUUGCUCUAUAGACUAGAGUAGUCCCGUUUCUGAAGGGCUAAAUGGCAUGGCAUAAUGCUGCAAGGUACCUACAUAUGCCCUUGGGAUAUUGAUUCCUAAGGUAUAGAUAGAUAGAAAUUAUGCAUGGCUCCUGCCAAGUUCUGAUCACAGUAGAUGCACUUUCUCAAAAUGACUCAGAACCAUGAACAAUUUACUCACUGAGUGUGUGUGUGUGUGUGCACAUGUGUGUGUGUGUGUGUGUGAAUGACUUUGCAGCAGGGACAAAUGAGGCUGAGGGGGAUGGAGAUACCGGAGGAGGUGUUGGUGAUGUGACGAAACAGUUGGAGCAGCAAGCUCUGCUGGAGGACAAAGAGAAGGAGGAUGGAGUGGAUGGUACGACUCUUUGACUUCAACUUCAUCAUCAUUCACCAUCGUCAUACUCAUACUCAACAUGUGACAUGGGCUUGGUGCAUUGACGAACUACAUUAACUGCAAGAACUGCACUGGGUAUUGUGACUGAACCACUUCUAAAGUCCUCUUUGACUUCAUCAUCAUUAUCUUCAUCAUUGUCAUUAUCGUUCUCAUACGGAUCUUGAAGUCCCGAUUUGGCCCUUUUAUCCAACAAACUCAGAAUUUGACCUGACAUGAGUUGGCAUCUGCUGUGGCGGUGCGUUAAUGUAACUUCUUAUGUGUUAACAGUUAACCGCAAACACUGUGAAUUGUGACUGAACACGUCAUGUUUGUUAAGAGAAUAAACAAUGAAUGUUUUGGACAGAUGGAGAAGAGGGUGAGAACUCAGCAGGGAAAAAGAAGAAGAAGAAGAAGAAGAAGAAAGGAGGUGAGUUUGUUCUUGAUGUGGGCAUUUCUUCCUCCACUGCAUGGUUUGAGUUCCCUUUGUUACAUCAGUGGAUACAGGACAACCUUUGAUGGCUCACAGAUGGCAUACAAAACAUAUUGGCAUUUUCUGACCUGAGGAGGUUUGUUUCUUGAGAAGAGAUCGCCUCAUAGUAGACUGUUUGUACACCUGUAAUGUUAUACACAUAACGUUAUACAUUCGGUAGCUACCGUGUAAGCAUAUAUUGUCAUACACCCUGGAGCACAGGGUUCCCCAAUUACAUUCAGCCUUGGGACGAUUUUCCCUUGAGCGGAUUGUCGGGGGGCCGGAACAUAGUUAUAAAUAAUUUGUACACUGCAAAUUGACCGCAAGAAUCCCAAACAGACAUAAUAUUUGACAUAUACAGAAUAAUUUCAAACCUUCAUUACAUUGGGAUGCAAUCACAUAUGCCUCUUUAUUUGUGCGUAGAAAUAUUGGGGAACAGAUUUCCUAAAUUAAAAUCACUUUGAGCUCAUUUCCUGGUGAUUUUACAGUCUUUUAUGUCCAAUAACUCAAAUUAUUAUUAUGAUUAAAAUUUUUUAUGCUCAGAAAACUUGGGGGGCCAAAUAAAAUCACCCUCGGGCCGCUUAUUGGGGAACCCUGCUGUAGCAUGUGCUGUGACCAUAUGUGACCAUGUGUUGCUAAUUGCAACAAUGUGUUGCACAUCUGCAGAGGCUAACCUCUCUCUACCUCUCCUCCUCUCUUCUCGUCCUCCCCUCUCUCCUUCCUCUCCUUCCCUCUCCUAUCUGGGACACAGUGAAGGGACAGACUGACCCUCCCUCCAUCCCUAUUUGUGAGCUGUAUCCCAGUGGAGACUUCCCAAAGGGAGAGGAGUGUGAAUAUCCCCCAUCUAAAGAUGGGUAUGUCACCUCUACCAAGUGCAUUGGCCUUAUGCAGUGUGGUGGCCAUAGAUCUUAUCGAGGCCUCUGUGGUUUUUAUAGUCCAUCAUACUUCAUAUUCUGAAACCUAAUAAAAAUAUUGGAUGUGCCUCAGUCACCCAAGAUAACAUAACAUUGUAUUCACAACAAUUCUGUCUUUAUUCACUUUAUUGGUUUGAUCAAGGUUAAAUAAAAGAAUGAAUUAGAGACACAAACUCAUCUAUACCUGCAUACACUGCAUUAAAAUGUACUCACACUACCGGUAUGUUAAUCUACAGUAUACCUGCAUUAUAAACUGCAGUGAAUGCUGCAUCAUUUCCUGAACUUGUUGUUUGACAUCAUAAUCCCAUUAGAAAACAUUUGCAUAAUGAGACGAUAAAGAAUGUGCUGUCUGUGGCAUGUGUGCAUGUGUGUGUUGUGUGUGUGUGAGAGAGAGUGUCCAUACAUGUCUGGGUGUGUAUGUCUCCAUGUGACUCCAUGUGUGUUUUCGUGUGUGUGUGCGCGCACGCCGGUGGGUGUGUGUGUUCCUCCCCACCAGGCGCAGUGCAGCGUGGAGGACCACCCAUGAGGAGAAGAGGGUCCUAGACAAGGCUAACGAGGAGAUGUGGAGUGACUUCCGUCAGGCUGCCGAGGCCCACAGACAGGUCCGAAACUACGUGAAUACCUGGAUCAAACCUGGGAUGACCAUGAUUGACAUCUGGUGAGGUUCAUUCACAAAUCAUAUAGGCCUUGGUACUGUACAAACUGUCAUGUGAUACCACUGUACUGUACUUGGCUGUUGUUCACUUCAGUCAUAUUGUUUAUUGAUGUAUUUGAGAUAUUUGAGUGAUUCUCAAUCCUGCACCUGGAGAGUCGCAGUACUGUAGGUUUUUGUCCUAGCUCAGCAGUGAAACACCUGAUUUGAUUAAUUACUGGAGUGCAAUAGGAGCAGCAUUGAGGAUCAUUGAGUGAGACUUUGUUAACCUGCAUGGUUAACCUGUGUUGCUGAAGUGAAAAUAUCCUGAAUGUGACACCUGUCCCUGUCUGCUGUGGUCCCUGCCUGUCAGUGAGUGGUUGGAGGACUGCUCUAUGAGUGAGACUUUAUUAAAUUGUACGGUUAACCUACAGGUAACUGCCAAAAUAAUGGAAACACUUGAGGAAAUGAGGGAUAUAAGUAUAUUGAAAGCAGGUGCUUCCACACAGGUGUGGUUCCUGAGCUAAUUAAUCAACUAACAUUCCAUCAUGUUUAGGGUAAUGUAUACAAAUGCUGGGCAGGCCAUUCUUUUGGCCAUUAUUUUGGCUACCAUGGCUAUGCCCCCACAGGAUGACAAUUCCCCCAUCCACAAGGCACGAGUGGUCACUGAAUGGGUUGAUGAGCAUGAAUACUAUGUAAACCAUAUGCCAUGGCCGUCUCAGUCACCAGAUCUCAACCCAGUUGAACACUUAUGAGAGAUUCUGGAGUGGUGCUGAGACAGUUUUCCACCACCACCAACAAAACACCAAAUGAUGGAAUUACUCAUGUAACAAUGGUGUCGACACUUGUAGAAUAUAUGGCAAGGUGCAUUGAAGCUGUUCUGGCUCAUGGUGGCUCGACGCCCUAUUAAGACACUUUAUGUUGGCGUUUCCUUUAUUGUGGCAGUUACCUGUAUGUUGCUGAAGUGAACAUAUCCUGAACGUUAAACCUGACAGCUGUCUGUGUGUCACAGUGAGCGGUUGGAGGACUGCAGUAGGAGGCUAAUCAAGGAGAAUGGUCUGAAGGCUGGCCUGGCAUUCCCCACCGGCUGCUCCAUCAACCACGUUGCUGCCCACUACACCCCCAACGCUGGAGACCCCACAGUACUGCAGUAUGACGACGUCUGCAAGAUAGACUUUGGCACGCACAUAAACGGUCAGUCAGCACACUGACACUCAGUUUCUGUUUCUGUUCAGUCUGUAGUUAUGUUUUGUGAUACUUCAAUCAAUCAAUCAAUCACAUUUAUAUAAAUAAACUUUGUCACGAGCAUAAAUGGUCAGAAAUGGCACUGAAUCAAGCUCUCAAUAAAAUGUAUUUCUAAACCUUGUUAGACAUCAGCAGUUGUCACAAAGUGCUCGACAAUAACCUGACCUCCUAAAGUCUAUGUCUGUGGUUUUGUUUUGUGUAAUAUAUGUCUCAAAUCAAUCAAAUGUAUUUUAUAAAGCCAUUUCUGCAUCAGCAGUUGUCACAAAGGGCUUUACAGAUACCCGGCCUUAUGUCUGUAUCUGGUUGCACUUGCAUUUUAAAGCAAUAAUAGAUCAAUCCGCAAUACUGAAGGUUUUUGUUCCAGCAAUUGAAUCCCAUCACAUCUGAUUCAACUAAUCAACUGAUUUUCAACACCUUGAUGAGCUGAAUCAGGUGUUCUACUGCUGAGCUGGUACAAACACCUGGAGUACUGCAGUCUCUCCAAAAGCAGGAUUGAGUGUCCCUCUUUUACUGUCUUGCCAUACCUGAUACACUUGUUUAAAUAUAAAAUGGUAAAAUGGUACUGUAGUUACAUGAUGAUUACCUAGUAAUUACACUCCUCGAAUAUUACAAUACCAGCUGAAACAAGACGUCAGAUAAAGCAUCACCUCCUUAUGUUCAUGUUGUUGGUGUUUUAGGUCGAAUCAUUGACUGUGCCUUUACCGUGACCUUCAACCCAAAGUAUGACAGACUACUGGAGGCUGUGAGAGAUGCUACCAACACAGGCAUCAAAGUAACUCAACCCAUUCAUCCAUGCACUAUUACUUUGGUUCCAAUUGCUCAGUCGGUUAUAGCAUGAUUCUGGCAACACUAGGGCUGUGGGUUUGAUUCCCACAUGGGCCACGAAUACUGAAUAUACUGUAUGUUAAUGUCGACAGGUCUGUAAGCCGCUUUGGAUAAAUGACCAUAUCUUGGAUGCCAGCUAACAUCAGAGGAUAUGUGAUGUAACUCUCACUCACCACUCGUCUGAUAAUGAGCUGUGUAGAGAUGGUUGAUGAAUGCUUGUGUAACUGUCAACUCUUGUCCGUUUGUGAUCCCUGUGGAGAGAGCAUGUUUAAGUUUAAAGUGUUUUCCCAGUGUGCAGGGAUAGAUGUGCGUCUGUGUGACGUGGGUGAAACCAUCCAGGAGGUCAUGGAGUCUUAUGAGGUGGAGAUAGAUGGGAAAACAUACCAAGGUAUCAGUCUGUCUGUCUGUCUGUCUGUUGGUUUGUUUAUUUAGGAAACUGUUUGCCUCUUUAUGUUUGCUGGUUUGAUGUGGGAAAUUACAAUUACAGAUAUAUUGCAGAUAUAUUUAUCUACAGUGCAUUCGGAAAGUAUUCAGACCCCUUCCCUUUUUCCACAUUUUGUUACGUUAUAGCCUUAUUCUAAAAUGGAUUACAUUAUUUUUUUCCUCAUCAAUCUACACACAAUACCCCAUAAUGACAAAGCGAAAACAGGUUUUUAUACAUUUUUGCACAUUUUGACAAAUUAAAAACAGAAAUACCUUAUUUACAUAAGUAUUCAGACCCUUUGCUAUGAGACUCGAAAUAGAGCUCAGCUGCAUCCUGUUUCCAUUGAUCAUCCUUGAGAUGUUUCUACAACUUGUUUGGAAUCCACCUGUGGUAAAUUCAAAUGAUUGGAUAUGAUUUGGAAAGGCUCACACCUGUCUAUAUAAGGUCCCACAGUUGACAGCGCAUGUCAGAGCAAAAACCAAGCCAUGAGGUUGAAGGAUUGUCCGUAGAGCUCCGAGACAGGAUUGUGUCAAGGCACAGAUCUGGGGAAGGGUAACAACAAAUGUCAGCAGCAUUGAAGUUCCCCAAGAACACAGUGGCCUCCAUCAUUCAUAAAUGGAAGAAGUUUAGAACCACCCAGACUCUUCCUAGAGCUGGCCGCCUGGCCAAACUGAGCAAUCGGGGGAGAAGGGCCUUGUUCAGGGAGGUGACCAAGAAACCGAGCUCCAGAGGUCCUCUGUGGAGAUGGGAGAACCUUCCAGAAGGACAACCAUCUCUGCAGCACUCCACCAAUCAGGCCUUUAUGGUAGAGGGGCCAGACAGAAGCCACUCCUCAGUAAAAGGCACAUGACAGCCCACUUGGAGUUUGCCAAAAGGCACCUAAAGACUCUCAGACCAUGAGAAACAAGAUUAUCUGGUCUGAUGAAACCAAGAUUGAACUCUUUGGCCUGAAUGCCAAGCGUCACGUCUGGAGGAAACCUGGCACCAUCCCUACGGUGAAGCGUGGUGGUGGCAGUAUCAUGCUGUGGGGAUGUUUUUCAGCGGCAGGGACUGGGAGACUAAUCAGGAUCGAGGGAAAGAUGAACGGAGCAAAGUACAGAAAGAUCCUUGAUGAAAACCUGCUCCAGAGCGCUCAGGAACUCAGACUCGGGCGAAGGUUCACCUUCCAACAGGACAAUCACCCUAAGCGCACAGCCAAGACAACGCAGGAGUGGCUUCGGGACAAGUCUCUGAAUGUCGUUGAGUGGCCCAGCCAGAGCCCGGACUUCAACCCGAUCAAACAUCUCUGGAGAGACCUGAAAAUAGCUGUGCAGCAACGCUCCCCUUCCAACCUGACAGCGCUUGAGGGGAAAUGCAGAGAAGAAUGGGAGAAACUCCCCAAAUACAAGUGUGCCAAGCUUGUAGCGUCAUACCCAAGAAGACUUGAGGCUGUAAUCACUGCCAAACAACAAAGUACUGAGUAAAGUGUCUGAAUACUUAUGUAAAUGUGAUAUUUCAGUUCUUUUGAAACAUUUCUAAAAACCUGUUUUUGCUUCGUCAUUAUGGGGUACUGUGUGUAGUUUGAUGAGGGGAAAAAACACAAUUUAAUCAAUUUUAGAAUAAGGCUGUAAUGUAACAAAAUGUGGAAAAAGUGAAGGGGUCUGAAUACUUUCCGAAUGCACUUUAUAAAGAUAUAUAAAUAUUACAACUAUAGAUAUACUGCAGAUAUAUUAAUAAAUAUAGAUAAAUAAAAAAUUUUUGUAUCUAUAUAUAUAUAUAUAUAUAUAUAUAUAUAUAUAUAUAUAUAUUUAUUUUUCCCUAUGUAGUGAAGCCAAUCAGGAACCUCAAUGGCCACUCCAUCGGACAGUACAGGAUACACGCAGGCAAGACUGUUCCCAUCGUCAAGGGAGGAGAAGCUACCAGGAUGGAGGUAACCCUUAUCUUCUUAUGCUCAUUUGUACAGAAGGCCACCAAAUGUAAUAGGGACUGGAUGUUAAAGCAGCUGAACUCGUUGAACUUGUCUCUUAUUCAUUUGAACAGAAGGUUUUUUGAGAUGUUACUUUGGAUACAAUUUAGUAAAACUUCUUCUUCUUCUUCUUCUUCUUCUUCUUCUUCUUCUUCUUCUUCUUCUUCUUCUUCUUCUUCUUCUUCUUCUUCUUCUUCUUCUUCUUCUUCUUCUUCUUCUUCUUCUUCUUCUUCUUCUUCUUCUUCUUCAUAUUUUCCCAACAUGUCUGCAACAACAAACUCAUGGUACACAUCUCCUCUCAUGCAAGUUUAAUCAGUUCAGAAUUUCUAUCUUUUAAAAAAGUUUAUCUUGAAGUAGCAUAUCAUUAAAACCCUUGAUUAAGUGUUAUUGAAAGAAUAUCUCUAGGCUGUGUAGAGUUACAACACAGUGUCGAGAUGAGCUCAGAUCCACAUCUCUCUCGCUCUCUCACACACACACACACACACUCCAACACCUUCUUAGUCACCCUCUUCGGUGCUUUAAUUACACCUUUAAUCACAUUACCAGCCAGAAGCAUCAAGGAGUGAGUAGCACCACUUGUUGAAACGCCAUCUCCUUAUUGCAUCUCGAAGCGCAUCGAGUUCUCACCACUCAAAGUCAAUGAAUGACCAUUUACCUCACUAAAGGAGAAGAUAUCGCAUAGAUACCUGCCCCAGGAUGUGUACCUUGGUCCCAGAUCUGUUUGUGCUGUCUUGUAUCCCUGUGGUCAUUGUUGGCAGGACAGCACAAACAGAUCUGGGACGAGGCUACUGGAUCUGAGUAGGUUGAGGAUUGACAUGUUGGGUGAGGUUGAGGUCCACUAGCCUGGGGUCACAAAUCAGUUUGUUCUGUCUUGCCAACCCAACGCAACAUGAUCAAAGGAUUUGGGAAGACAGCACAAACAGAUCUGGGAUCAGGCUACCGGGUCUGAGAUUGAUCUGAGGCAGAUAGGAACCACGUUGGGUGAUGUCACAGAGGUCCAUAGCCUAUUCACCACCCUCGCUCACACAGACAGCUGCAAUGCUUAACUCAGUUUGGACAGAAUUGGCCCUUUUUAAUUGGCAAGCUGCUGAGUGGUGCGUUUUGCUGAUGUUUCCAGCGAAGCCAGGGAGAGAGGCAAUGAGUUGCUGAUGUGGCAUCUUUGAGGGUUAUAUUUUUAGCUGGAGUGAGUGUUGGUGCGUUAGGGCCGUUACCCUCUUUGUGUGAGUGUGUGUGUGGUGUGCUUGCUUGCUGGUGUGUGCUUGUCUCUCUCUAUGUGGAGUGUAGUGGUGUCAGCGGGGCGUGCCCGCGGGGCUGCUCUCACUUUGAGGGAUUAUCUGAGCAGACAGAGAGGGAGGGUGUCACAGUGUUAUCAGUUAAUACCCCAGGGCCUUGAACAACCACAACGACCCGAUAGAGAGCUGAUGAGCUCUGUGUGUAUGUGUGCGGGGAAGGAGGGAUUGGUGUGUGUGUGUGUGUGUGUGUGUGAUAAAGACCUCUUCAAUAGAUCACACCCAGAUUGUGUGUGUAAGAACACUAUAAGAGAUGAUGGAGUAACUGUAAUGACAUUAACAGAAAUGUUUGCUCAUCUAUGAUGUUGAUUCUUGUAAAAAAAAUACAUUUAAUCUCUAGGGAGGUAGCUCAGUUGGUAGAGCAUGGCGUUGUGGGUUCGAUUCCCACGGGGGGCCAGUAUGAAAAUAAAAAAGAAUAAUGUAUGCACUAACUGUAAGUCGCUCUGGAUAAGAGCGUCUGCUAAAUGACGUAAAAUGUAAAUGUAAAUGUAAAGAUUUGCAUUCGUUACCAGAAGGUUGUCAAUGACAUUUCCUAUAAAAAGUGCUGUGGGUUUCUCUCCUUGUUUCCUUGUGGCUGUUCCCAAUUGCCAAUAGUGGCUUUCAGUUUGAAGGACUUUGGUCUUAUGUGAGUUGCAGAUGGAUUACGGUCAAGCAGUUGUUUCUAGGAUCUGCUGAGUUUACUGUGUCCUCCUCUACCCUUCUGCUCCACAGGAAGGUGAGGUGUAUGCAAUCGAGACAUUUGGCAGCACUGGGAGGGGAGCGGUUCACGAUGACAUGGAAUGCUCGCAUUACAUGAAAAACUUCAACGUUGGACACGUGCCAAUAAGGUUGGUCACUCGGUUCGAUCGGUGCUCGCUGAGUGCGAGCCUUACCUGAUUUGAAUGCUGAAUGAUGAUACUGAACAUCAAUGCUAAGUAGAAUUCUACACUGAGUGUACAAAACAUUAGGAACACCUGCUCUUUACAUGACAUAGACUGACCAGGUGAAAGCUAUGAUCCCCUAUUGAUGUCACCUGUCAAAUCCACUUCAAUCAGUGUAGAUGAAGGGGAGACAGGUUAAAUAAUUAUUUUUAUGUGUGCCAUUCAGAGGGUGAAUGGGCAAGACAAAACAUUUAAGUGCCUUUGAACGGGGUAUGGUAGUAGGUGCCAGGCGCACCAGUUGAGUGUUAAGAACUGCAACGCUGCUGGGUUUUUCACACUCAACAGUUUCCCAUGUGUAUCAAGAAUGGUCCACCACCCAAAGGACAUCCAGCCAACUUGACACAAAUGUAGAUAGCAUUGGAGUCAACAUGGGCCGGCAUCCCUGUGGAAUGCUUUCGACACCUUGUAGAGUCCAUGCCCCAACGAAUUGAGGCUGUUUUGAGGGACAAAGGGGGGUGCAACUCAAUAUUAGGAAGGUAUUCCUAAUGUUUUGUACACUCUGUAGAUGUAAUUUUGUCUUGACUCUGUUAAAGACAUCAGAGACACUCAUGGCACACAAGGGCAUCAACACUGUGCAGAAUGACUGCUUUACAAAUGAUCUUGCUUCCCAAAUAACUACUCAUUAUGUGAUAAAGAUUUGUGAAUUAUUCUUACACUAUGGCUACACCAGACCCGCACGUGCGCCAUCGAGAGCAUGUUGAUUUUGUCUAUCCCCACCAGAUACGAUCUUGACACGCAGGUUAAAAUACCAAAACAAACUGUGAACCAACUAUAUUAAUUUGGGGACAGGUCGAAACACACAUGAAACAUUCAUGAACAUUUAGGUAGAUAGCUGUUGCUAGCACUUUGUUCUGUGAGAUGAACAUUGGGUUGUUAUUUUACCUGAUCAUGCACGUUCCCCUUUUUAUCUGGUUCUUUGUAGAAUUUUGACCCGGAUCAUACAAAAAUCAUGUGUUUAUCUACUCCCAACGAUUAUUCCACCAAAAAAAGGGUUGAUUAACAUAUCCUUGUUCGUCUUUCAAGCAACCACGUGAGGUUGUAUCUUUGUGAAAACCAAUAAGGAGAUGGGAAGAGGCAGGACUUGCAGCGCGUCAAGCGUCUCAAAUUAACCUAACGUAGCAGGCAUAAAAGAAACGCCUGAGCGGGUUACCCACAUCCAGUUUUCAGGGGAAAAGAAAGUUAGGUUGGAGAGACUGUAUCCCUGAAAGCCGGAUGUUUCCGGUUUGUAUCGUCCUCGCUGAGGAUGGUCUUUAACAGAACCAAGUACUAUUUUAGCGUUUGGCAUAGCAGAAGCUUGUUGACACGUGCAAGUAGUGUGGAUGAAAUUAUUGAAUAACAUGUAUGUGUACAUUUAUUUUUGCAACACUCACGCACAGAACAUGGCCGGUGUAGUCAGGGUAUUAGGACUGUACUCACCUGUUAUUCCAAAAAAACAUUGGUGCACGCCUCACAUUUUCUACUGCUUGAGUACCGGAAUAUUCACUCUAAAGUAUGAUUACCGGUGCUAAAUUAAAAUGAGUACUGGCACCUUUUUCAUUCCACUUCAAGCACUGCUGAAGGGUGACUGUCACUCCUUUCCUGUGUGUUCCCUCUCCUCCUCUCUCCCUGUUCUGCGUCAGACUCCCCAGGGCCAAGCAUCUGCUCAACGUGAUCAAUGAGAACUUUGGGACGUUGGCAUUCUGCCGCCGCUGGUUGGACCGGCAGGGAGAGAGCAAGUACCUGAUGGCCCUGAAGAACCUGUGUGACCUGGGCAUCAUAGACCCGUACCCGCCGCUCUGUGACACAAAGGGCUCCUACACCGCCCAGUAUGAACACACCAUCCUACUCAGGCCCACCUGUAAGGAAGUGGUGAGCCGCGGGGAUGACUACUGA